AGUUCAUUAGUCAGCCAUUUUGGUCAACACCCUGCUUACUGCGCACGGCCAAUCCUAUGAGAACUCAGCAUCCCAGCUUAUCUGAGCAGAUCCUGGAAGUGAUUUCUGCAGCUCAGGAUUUUUUUUUUUUUUUAAGCUACAUUGAAAAUAUAGGUUUAUUUUUUGUUCAGGUUUUUCUUUUACUUUUUUUUUCUGCACAAAGGAAGAGGAUUUUUCACUCAUUCAUAUCGAGACCAGAUUUUUAAAGCCAUCUAAGGCAGCAUCGGCUGUGCAGGAUUUAAAGCCUAUAGCUCAGCUGAAAAAAAAAGGUGGGGGGCAGGGAAGGGAAGAUAAAAGGAGAGGAAGCUGGGAGAAGACAAACAUCAUCUUAUUUUGCUAUGUGGUAGGAACUGUCUAUAAGACAGUGUAGAAUUGUUUAUCUUGAGCAGUUGGUUCUUAAACUAUAAGGUAUUUUCCUUUUUUUUUUUAAACCUCCCCCACCCCUUUUCUUGAAAGCUUUGUUUCAGAGCUUUGUAUUGGGUGUUUUUGGAAAGGAGGUUAUAUUUAUUUUUGUGGGGUGUGUGUACGUGUGUCUGUGUGUGUGUGUCUGUGUGUGUGUUGUGGUCCCAGCUGAGUCAUCAUGUCUGCUCUGACGCCUCCGACCGAUAUGCCAACCCCCACCACUGACAAGAUCACACAGGCUGCCAUGGAGACCAUCUACCUUUGCAAAUUCCGAGUGUCCAUGGAUGGAGAAUGGCUCUGCCUGCGGGAGCUGGAUGACAUCUCACUUACACCUGACCCAGAGCCUACCCAUGAAGAUCCUAAUUAUCUCAUGGCUAACGAACGCAUGAACCUCAUGAACAUGGCCAAGCUGAGUAUCAAGGGCCUGAUUGAAUCAGCUCUGAACCUGGGAAGGACUCUUGACUCUGACUAUGCACCUCUCCAGCAAUUCUUUGUGGUGAUGGAACACUGUCUGAAACAUGGCUUGAAAGCUAAAAAAACUUUUCUUGGACAAAAUAAAUCCUUCUGGGGACCUCUAGAACUGGUAGAAAAGCUUGUUCCAGAAGCCGCAGAGAUAACGGCAAGUGUCAAAGAUCUUCCAGGACUCAAGACUCCAGUGGGUAGAGGAAGAGCCUGGCUUCGUUUGGCAUUAAUGCAAAAGAAACUUUCAGAAUAUAUGAAAGCUUUGAUCAAUAAGAAAGAACUUCUCAGUGAAUUCUAUGAACCCAAUGCCCUCAUGAUGGAAGAAGAAGGAGCCAUAAUUGCUGGUCUGCUCGUGGGUCUGAAUGUCAUUGAUGCCAAUUUCUGUAUGAAAGGAGAAGACCUGGACUCUCAGGUUGGAGUUAUAGAUUUUUCAAUGUAUCUCAAGGAUGGGAACAGCAGUAAAGGUAGUGAAGGAGAUGGUCAGAUUACUGCAAUUCUGGACCAGAAGAACUAUGUAGAAGAACUGAACAGACAUUUGAAUGCUACUGUAAACAAUCUUCAGGCAAAAGUAGAUGCAUUAGAAAAAUCCAACACUAAACUGACAGAGGAGCUUGCAGUUGCAAACAACAGGAUCAUUACCUUACAAGAAGAAAUGGAACGAGUUAAAGAGGAAAGUUCCUACAUACUGGAAUCCAAUCGGAAGGGUCCCAAGCAAGACAGAACUGCAGAAGGACAAGCACUAAGUGAAGCAAGAAAGCAUUUGAAAGAAGAGACACAAUUACGAUUGGAUGUUGAAAAAGAACUGGAAAUGCAGAUCAGCAUGAGGCAGGAGAUGGAAUUGGCUAUGAAGAUGCUGGAGAAGGAUGUCUGUGAGAAGCAGGAUGCUCUGGUAUCUCUUCGGCAGCAGCUGGAUGAUCUCAGAGCUCUCAAGCAUGAACUUGCCUUUAAGCUGCAGAGUUCAGACUUAGGAGUAAAACAGAAAAGUGAACUAAACAGUCGCUUGGAAGAGAAGACUAAUCAGAUGGCUGCUACCAUUAAACAACUUGAACAAAGAUUGCGCCAGGCUGAGCGAAGCCGCCAGUCUGCUGAGUUGGACAACCGGCUCUUCAAACAGGACUUUGGAGACAAGAUCAACAGUCUGCAGCUGGAAGUCGAGGAGCUCACCAGGCAGCGGAACCAGCUUGAGUUAGAACUAAAACAGGAAAAAGAAAGAAGAUCACAAAAUGACAGGAGCAUCCCAGGAAAGGGUUCCCAGAAGCCAGAAUCCAAGAUGGAUGGGAAGCACAAAAUGCAAGAGGAAAAUGUUAAACUAAAAAAGUCCCUGGAAGAAAGCCACAGGCUGCAACCCCACCCUGUGGAUGAACAGGAUCAGCUGCUGCUCUCUGAAAAGCCACAGGUGUGUCAGCUAUGCCAGGAAGAUGGCAGCCUAACAAAGAAUGUGUGUAAGAACUGCAGAGGAACCUUCUGUGAUGCCUGUUCAACAAAUGAACUGCCUCUUCCUUCAAGUAUCAAGCCUGAGCGAGUUUGCAAUCCCUGUCACAAGCAUCUGAUAAAGCAAUAUUCCACCAGCCCAUCAUAAGACUGAAGGCCAAGACCUGGACCAGAACGUUUAUGCAGGCUCUUCUAUAUCUGUGUUUUAGCUGUCAGGAUCUCCUAGAGCCCAGUCCUUAGAGUCAACUAAAGAGUUGAUAGGAAUUAACUAGGUCCAGGGAGAAAAGGCAGUGGUUGGGGUUACUGGAAAUUUUGCUCGUUUUCCCUAAUGACUGGAUGAAUAAAAGUUAACUAACUUGAGCCUUUAUCUUCUAAAUCUAAACAACCUGACAUUGAAGGUUUGCUUUAUAGCAUAUCUUUGGAAGGGCAAUUCAUUGUUAUGAUUAGUGAUAAUAAUGCUGGGGUGGAUUUAAUAGAAGAGAGAGUCUAGGCAGAUAAGAAUAAAAAGGAAAAUGAUCAUCUUCUAUUACCUUUGCAGAAUAGAUGCCGAGAUCAAAAUGACAGAUGUUACAUAUAUUCCCAGGUGCUGUUAGACAUAAACAUUGCUUCCACUUCACCCCUACUACCUACCUCUGAAAGUAUCUCUACCAAACUGUGAAACCAGUCUCAGGGAAAAGAAAGAGUAAUAUAAAUUCUGAAUGUAUUGAAAACAAUAUUGUAAUAUAUUAUAAUUUCAGGACCAGAAUUUUCUGGUCUUUGCCUACAGGGAUUUUCAUUAUCAAAAAAAGAACAUUUGUUUUUCUACUUAGUGACUUCAAAGUAAAUAAACUGCCCUUUUCAGAAUCUUUCACAAAACAAGCCAACUCUUCCCCAUUCCCUCUGUCUUCCUCUCAGAGUCAUAAUGGAAAUUGUAAGGAGUUUUAAAAAUAGGGUUUGACUUUUGCAAAUAGAAGAUAUUGAUUAAAGCAAAGGCGAAUAUAGAGUAAAACAAGUUUAAUUUGUUUUCUUGAGACAGGGUCUUGCUCUGUUGCCCAAGCUGGAGUGCAGUGGUGCAGUCACAGCUCACUGAAUCCCUGACCUCCUGGGCCUCAAGCAAUCUUCCCACCUCAGCCUCCCAAGUAGCCGGGACUGGGUUUUUUUUUUUGUUUGUUUUUUUGUUUUUUUGUUUUUUUUUUAAGCGGUGGAGUCUCAUUGGUUGUUCAGGCUGGUCUCAAACUCCUGGGCUCAAGCAGUCUUCCCGCCUUGGCUUCCAAAGUGCUGAGAUUAUAGGCAUGAGUCACCACACUUGGCCAAGUUUAAUUUGUUGAUGGCUAAGGACAGUUAGCUCGGAAUACUUACUGUUUUUGAAUAUGGAAUUCCUCAUUCUGAGUCAUGAAUGGGAGCUGAUAGAUGCUUUCUUGGAAAGGGCAAUACAGUCAUCCCUCAGUAUCCAUGGGGGAUUGGUUCCAGGAAUCCCACUGGAUAUCAAAAUCCAUGGUGCUCAAGUCCUAUUGUAUAAUACGGGUUAUACGGUAUUUGCCUAUAACCUACAUACAUCUUCCUGUGUACUUUAAAUCAUCUGAAGAUUACUUAUACUUAAUAAAAUACCUACACGUCAUCUCAUUUGCAUGGAUUCAACAUAGUGCUUGGUGUUCAACAAAUGCAAGUUUUGCUUUUUUGGAACUUUGUGGAUUUUUUUUUUCCUGAAUAUUUUUGAUUGGCAGUUUGUUGAAUCCAUGGAUGCAGAACCUGUGGAUAUAGAGGACUGACUGUAUUCAUACAUCUGAAUAACAAACUCUUUGGGGGAAAAGAGGGAAGUAUAUUGAGCAAGAGAAGGAAAGAAACAUUGUAUAUUAUUUUGAUUCUGUUACAUGUGUCUAUAGAUUGUUUGGUUUUAAUCAAGACCUAAGAAGAUAUGAUUCUAUGACUGGUUUAGAAUCUGGGGUGGAAACAUCUUGGAACCAUGUUAUUUAAUAAAUUCUGUCUCCUGGAAAGGGUUACAACCUGGGAAAGAGUUGUUAUUCCAAAAGUCCCCUGUUACUUGGUGAAGCUUAAGAGUUCUAGGGAAAAAUAAAAUCUUAAGUC